AUGAGACUUACGCUAGUUGUGUGUGGUUUUCUUUUCGGUUUAAUGCUGGCCCCAAUCGAUGGUAGGGUGAAAUACGCCGAGGUACUUCCAAGCGAUGCUUUCCAUAAUAUGCUCCAGUCGUCAUCGGGCGGUACGUUGGAGGAGAACGAUCCAGACAUUCUGCUCGGUAUGAAGGGAGGUGCUCUGGCCAGCGUGCGGGACAAAACCACCGCGACAAGGCAUGGAGCGGAUGGCAACGUGCUGCCAACACCGAAACCUAUCGAUUAUGGUGGUGAUCGACUGUCAUCGCCGCUAAACUGCUUCCCACUCGCUGACCGGCUGCACAAAUACGAUUGGGCCCGGUACUAUCUGAGUCAUAUGGCGAGGGAUAGUCAUGCAGACGUAGCCGAUGGCGGAAAGGCAGACGAUUCCAACCUACCCGGCAGCGUGGCACGUAAGCGUUCCGACUUUAACCGUGAGAUAUCCGCCGACCUGUACGCACAGUACCCAUCUUCCUGUGCGUGUCAGACAAAGUACGAGCUGCUGGAUCUCGGCUACACGCACUUUCCGCGCUAUAUUGUGAACGCGAUCUGUCAGAACCGGAGCGCCAACAGCCGCAAAUGUUGGCGUGGUUCCAGCUGCAAGGAGAUCCCGUACAAGGUACGCGUGCUGACCAAGCGGGGCGAUAACGAGUCGGGCGAGCAGGAUCACCAUUCCACGCUGCUGCCGGAACCGUUGCGGGAGUACUGGCGCUUCAAGACGGUUACCAUUGCCGCCGCCUGUCAGUGUUCGAUCUGA